GGCUCCGCCCACCUCCACGGGGCCCAGCCCCGCCGCCCCUCAACCCGCAGGUUCGCCAGCCCGCGGCGCCGCCGGGCAGCUCCUCCUCCUCUCCGCCCCGCCGGCCACGGGCGCGGAGGACUUCAGCGCUGCCAGCUUGGAAACAGCGGCGGGGCGCGGGAGGAGGAAGUAGCGCCCGGGACCGCUGGGCCACCACCGGCCGCCUCAGCCAUGGACACGUCCCUGGAGAAGGACGGCAGCGUGGUGUACCUGGCUGACUGCUCUACCAUGUGAAACGGAUUCUCAUUGUCCCAGUGUUAGGGCUUGUAAAUGGGAACCGGUUUGGGUUUCUUCAUGGAUUCCUGCUUUCGAUAGCAGACCCCACGUUAGCUGAAAUGGGAAAAAACUUGAAGGAGGCAAUGAAGAUGCUGGAGGACAGAGAAGAACAGAAGAGGAAAAUGGAAAGAAGCUCAUAUCCGGAGAUAUUCCAGGCCCACUCCAGGGCAGUGGACAAGAUAUGGUGAGCAUCCUCCAGUUAGUUCAGAAUCUGAUGCAUGGAGAUGAAGAUGAGGAGCCCCAGAGCCCCAGAAUCCAAAAUAUUGGAGAACAAGGUCAUAUGGCUUUGCUGGGACAUAGUCUGGGAGCUUAUAUUUCAACUCUGGACAAAGAGAAACUGAGAAAACUUACAACUAGGAUACUUUCAGAUACCACCUUGUGGCUAUGCAGAAUUUUCAGAUAUGAAAAUGGCUGUGCUUAUUUCCAUGAAGAGGAAAGAGAAGGACUUGCAAAGAUAUGUAGGCUUGCCAUUCAUUCUCGAUAUGAAGACUUCGUAGUGGAUGGCUUCAAUGUGUUAUAUAACAAGAAGCCUGUCAUAUAUCUUAGUGCUGCUGCUAGACCUGGCCUGGGCCAAUACCUUUGUAAUCAGCUCGGCUUGCCCUUCCCCUGCUUGUGCCGUGUACCCUGUAACACUAUGUUUGGAUCCCAGCAUCAGAUGGAUGUUGCCUUCCUGGAGAAAAUGAUUAAAGAUGACAUAGAGCGUGGAAGACUGCCCCUGUUGCUUGUCGCAAAUGCAGAUGCUAUCUUCAAAGCAAUUUUCCUACUGAUGAAAACUAAAAUAACCCAUAUGAGAAGAAUGUUAUUUGAUACUCUGCCACCCCCAAACAUAUUUUCUCUUCAAAACUGCAUGUAAAGUCAAGGGAAUCUUAAAAGUAUGUUUCCCAGAUAAAACAGUCAAAGAAAUGCCUUACCCUGUU